UGUGUUUUGUGUGUGCUGCGGUGUGGUGUGGCAAGGCAAGGUAGGACGUUUGUUGCGAGCGACGCCCCAUGACAUUUCAUUGCAAGACAUCGGGCACGCGACAACAGAAGUAACGCAGCUGUCCUACCAACAGGAUCAGGACACUCACCUCAGUCAAAUAAAUACAAAACGAACGAACGAACUAGCAACAGCAGCAGCGACGAGUAAUUCGGUGUACUUUGUGAAAUUUUGUCAAUCGUGCAACGGUGUAUUCGUAAACGGGCCAGUGAACGUGCUGGUUGUGGCGGGAAAAUAAUAAAAAUAAAAUAAAAUAAAUAUUUCUUCCAUCCAAAAUACAAUCAAAAGCUUCCAAAAGCUGCCAAGUGUGCCCAGUGUAUUUUAAACCCACAGUGUUCAGGCAUAAAAGGUGGGCACGUGCGCUAAUUAGCCGACGACCCCCAAUCAGUGGCGCCCACACGGCCGAUAUAUGGCGCUGAGUAUACUCAGCUACAAUCUGCCGCAAGGCUUAAAGAUGAGCAACAACAACAGCAACCAGAGCAACAAUAACAAGAGUGGCGGCGGCAGCAAUGUCUGUGCCAGUUCGCCCACUGGUGAUGAGAAUGCCCCCAACAAUGGACGCACAACCAUCAGCCUUGGCAAGUCCUUCAGUCGCAUCACCAUGCAAAAUGUAUUGAGUGAGAGUAGCGGUAAUGUGUUGAAUAUCAGCAAUAACAGCAAUGUUAAUACGAUCGUGCGGAAGAUCAAAGAUUUCGGCAUGUAUGCGAGCGUGAAUAAUGCGGGCGCGUUGAGCACCACCAUGACUGGACGCAAGCGCACUGCCAGCGAGGCAUCCAAAGGCAAGGCAAGCGCUAAACCAAAUGACAACAAAGCGGAAAAGGCCAAGGUACCCAAUAAGCGCCCAAAGUUGGCGAAUAAAGAUGAGAAUGCGCGUGAAAAGCCACCAAAAGCGGUAGUGACAAAGGCAGCAGCAGCAGCCGCCACAAAUCCUCCCAACCGUCCGAAACCGCAGACGCCUGGUGUGAAGAAACCCGCGGGCACACCCGGACGCAAAGGCUUGCCGCUACAACAGGCGGUGGCACGGCGUAAUGCGCGUGAGCGUAAUCGCGUUAAGCAAGUGAAUAACGGUUUUGCCGCAUUACGUGAACGCAUACCCGAGGAGGUGGCCGAGGCUUUUGAGGCGCAAGGCAAUGGACGUGGCACGAUGAAGAAGCUCAGCAAGGUGGAGACACUGCGCAUGGCGGUCGAGUAUAUACGUAAUUUGGAACAUCUGCUCGGCUUUGACUUCCCCAUCGGUAGCGAUCGUGGGCUGUCGGUCAUGCAUGGUGGUUCGUCGAGUGAUGAUAGCUUUACUUUCAUUAAAGACGAAUUCGAUGCGCUCUCACCGCCUUUGGAUGACACCAAUUUUGAUGAUUCUCUCAGCAACUAUGAUGUCGAUGAAUAUUUGAAUAGCACCGACUUUGGCAAUAAUCAAAUGAUCUCACAACCAGAGGUUGGCGCUACCGAUGCGGACGCCUACGAAAUGGAUCUACUACCGAAUCUAACAACUAUUAACGGCAUGCAAUAUAUGCGCAUAGCCGGCACCAAUACCUAUCAGCUGCUCACGCCGGACGCACUCUUCACCAUGGGCAAUGCACCGCAUUCGCCGCCAAACUCGAGUCUCGAUGAUGAGUCCUUUCGGACCUUAAUCGACACUAAUUGCCUAAGUCCUGUGGCAACAACAUCAUCGCCGCAUAUUUCGCCAUCAUCUGCAACGUCAAUUAACGCUGCACCUGCCGCAAGUGCAGCGGCGGUGGUAGGCGCGGCAGCCGCAUUACAACAACGCCAGCGCACGGCUGAGGACCUGGUCGACGAGUGUGUAAAUGUAGCCGUUGCUGCCAGCACAUUAUCGCGAUCGCCGGUGCAAUCAUCCCCAACGCAGCGCGCAAUAUUACAUCAGCAGCAACAACAACAAGCGCAACAACAAUAUCAGUCACCACAAACACCAACGCAAGGGUCGACCAACUUAUCACCUGCCGAUAAUGAUGCACUUUUAUUACAACAGACGUGUGCCACAACGGCGAGUGCCAACGCCGAUGAAGUCGAUGGUAAUGAGUGCCGCACUGCCAGCGAACGCCAACGGUUCGCUGUGGCAUUGACAACCCCUACAACGUUGUCCAUGCCAUCGCCGCACGCGAUUAAACAGGAAUUUAAUGAUACAUUAACCGACUUUGUCCCCUCCAAUGCGGUGUCUUCGUCAAAGCAUAUGUCCGCGGGCGGUGCAAUGGUAUUCCAACAACAACACCAACAGCAACAGCAAUUGCAACACAGUUUAUUACUUAGUCACGCGCCUUUGUCCGCAAUGUCGCCACCUUUGGACCGUUGUCGAUCAAGUGUCGCGCCAUCGUCACAAAUAGUAACAACUACAACAACAACAUCGCCAACUUUGUUGUAUGUGCCCAGCGGUGCAACUACCCCAACAACACCGGGCCUGCCAUCAUUCUACGAUAACGACGCGGCGAGUGCUUUCUAUGACACCGCGCACAUGUCCUUCAAGAAGGAAUACCAGGACGCUCUACUCGAUGCGGCGCCAACAACAAAUGCGUGUGACGUUAUAAGCGGCCUGCCCGACGAGAAUAUCAUCGAGGUGUUGGACUGGUGGGAAGCACAUACACCAAAAUCGGAUGGUGGCGUGACAUUGUUGUAGAAUUAGACCACUAGUAGUUGUUGUUGUUGUGUUGGGGGUAUUUGGGGAAAAAUUUCUUCAUAAAUCCUUCGCUUUGUGGCGAAAAUUGUUGAUGACGCUUACAUUUUUCGAAAAUGACACCAUUUAGUCUUAAUUUUAUAAUAAUUGUAGUUUAUUCAAUUGAAAUAAGUUAUUGUACAUAUUUAUAUAUCCAGUAAAUAAAACUUCUAAUUAUAUUAGUUAAUGCCAGUGUUAUAAACAAUACAAAAAAACAAAAACAAAAAUAAGCAAAACAAACAUUUACUCUAAGUUAUCGUGGAAGACAUUUCAUUAAGUUUAUGGAAAUAUCAUUAAAUUGGUUUUGGUUAAAUUAUAGUUGAAAUUAUUACAUAUAUAAUAUAUAUACACAUUUGUACUGAUAAA